AUGGCCAUACAUGUCGCUCGUCAGGGGCGGCGAAAGAUGUACUACUGGGUUGGAACGUUCAUCUGUGUCGUCGGUAUCUUGCUGCUGUUAGUCAUUCCGUUUAAAGGUGUAGUGCGCGAAAAAUUGGGUAUGCCAUCGUUCAUUGGUGGGUACUGCGCUGUAUUCGCAACUUUGCUGUCGUUUUUCCAAAUUCUUGAGCAUCUAACUUGCUUCUCUGACCCAGAAUGCCAAACGAAGGUGGUCCGCAUCCUUUUUAUGGUUCCACUGUACGCUAUGAUAUCGUGGGUGUGCCUUCUAGCUCCUGGUGCAGCUGAGUACCUCAACAUCCUCCGGGAUGCGUACGAGAGCUACGCCAUCUACGCCUUUUUCCAGCUCAUGUUGGCUCUCAUGGGAGGCGUUGAUACUUUGUACAGGGCCCUUAUGUUGGAGGAGUGGCCACCCGUGCCACAUAUCUUCCCUCUUUGUUGGCUGGAGCCGAUGAAGGUUUCACCCACGUUUGUGCGCAACUGUCGAUUAGCUAUCUUCCAGUUUAUGGUGGUGAAGCCACUGGGUGCCAUCGUUAUUAUUAUCUUAAAAGCAAAGCACGAAUUGGGCGGUAUACUCGACGUGAGCAAGGGUCAUUUUUGGACUGCCCUGAUCUGCAACUUUUCCAUCACGACAGCCUUCACAGCGCUAGUUUACUUCUACGUUGGGUUGAAGGAGUUCAUGGAGGGCACAGAUGCCCUUUUGAAGUUUAUAUGCAUUAAGGCGGUUAUCUUUUUAUCCUUCUGGCAAGGGAUACUGAUUCAACUUCUCGCAGCCAUGGAUUGGCUACCAAAUUUUGGGUACUGGACCAAAGAGGAAGCACCACAAGGACUGCAAGACCUACUAAUCUGCAUUGAAAUGAUGUUUGUAGCCUUCGCUCAUCGCUACUGCUUUGGGAGCGACGUGUAUGACCCUGCUAACUUAGUCUCUAUUGAGGAGAGCCAGGGUAAUCUCGAUCCAUAUGCAGCGGGUCGCACAAUUCCACCGAUACGUUACAGCGUCAGAGAAAACCUAAAGUACACUCUGAGGAAUGAGGAUAUUUUCAACGACAUCAAAGCUAUCGUGCGUAAUCAGUAG